AUUACAGCCCUCUUCUUUCUCUCUCCCUCUCUCUCUCUCAUGCUCGAUGAAAGCACAGUGCUCUGUCCAGUGUCCUGGGCGUAUUUCCAGUGUCCUGCAUCCAUUUAGGAGCUGAAACCUGCAGGAUUAAAGGAUGCAGCAUUCCUAAGGAGUUGGGCUUCGAGGUUAUUGCCAGUCCUGGUAAAGCAGCUCGGAAGUGGAUUGUGGUCAGAGGUCAGAGGUCAUGAGCGUCGUGACCAUGAGGCAGGCAGUGGAGGCUCAGGUCUUAAACCCUUACUGUGAACUUGGCGAAGAGGGCCUGCGUCAGAUCCUCACAGAUGUGAUUGAGGAGGUGAAGCAGUCACUGAAUCAGGAUAUUGAUGGAGCAGAGAUUCUCCACAGUUUGUUGAACGCCUCCUGGCUGCAGUCGCUGCUCAAGGUAUACGAGUGUCUUGAGAAAUUCCUGAGGGAUACCCCGGCGCCCCUUCUGGACUGUGCUUCAGGACUCUCGUUUCAGCUGUUGAUUGACAUCAGGGCACGACCAGGCUGCUCUGAAGAGGCCAGAGAGCUCUAUCGUCUCCUGCGUCAGCCUCACCUGCAGGCUCUUCUCUCUGCUCAUGAUACGGUGGCCCAGAGGGACUUUGAGCCAGUGCUGCCACCGAUGCCUGAUGACCUGCCAGAUGAUGAGGAAGCUACAAGAAUUGUCUGUCUGGUCAAAAACAAACAGCCCCUGGGAGCGACUAUAAAGAGGAACGAGAUCACGGGAGAGAUAUCCAUUGCUCGGGUGAUUCAUGGAGGGCUGGCUGAUCGAAGUGGUCUACUUCACGCUGGAGACCGCAUCAUAGAGGUGAAUGGUUUUCCUGUGGAUGGAAUGGAGCCGGAGCAAGUUAUCCAAGUUGUGCAAGCCAGGUCACAAGGCACCAUCAUGUUCAAGGUCGUUCCCAUCACAGAAAGGCCAAUCCACAACCAGACGAUGCUCUAUGUGCGGGCUUUGGUCGACUACACCCCUCAGCAAGACCCGACCAUCCCCUGUGCCGACGCGGGUAUGAGCUUCCGAAAAGGCGACGUCCUUGAGAUCGUGGACCAGACCGACGCCCUCUGGUGGCAGGCGAAGAAACUGCCCAGCAACACAGCCUGCGCUGGCCUCAUCCCGUCCACCAACCUGCUGAAACGGAAGCAGAGGGAGUUCUGGUGGUCUCAGCCUUAUCAGCCACAAACCUGCACUCAGACCUUGAGCACAGUGGAGGAAGAAGACAUGAUGGCCAUUGAUGAGAAAUGUGUUGAAGCAGAUGAGGAGGCAUUUGAAUCUGAGGAGCUCAGAGAGGAGGAUGAUUUCAGCAGUAACUCUGAAGGGAUUUACUUAGCUGGUUUCAGGUGUAGCAUGCGUCUGUGUAGGCGGCGCUCUCACAGCACCACCCAGCCAUCCUGCCAAGCCUUCUGUACCAGCGGCUGCUACAGCGCCCUCAACAGCCCCUACGAGGAAGUGGUACGCUACCAGCGCCACCCACAGGACACUCACCGCCUCAUCGCACUCUUAGGUCCGUCUGGUGUGGGUGUGAAUGAACUUCGGAGGCGCUUGAUUGAAAUGAACCCCAACCUCUUUCAGGGAGCUGUACCUCACACCACAAGAGCACCCAAAGGAUAUGAGGAAUCUGGUAGAGAAUAUUUCUUCACCAGCCGAGAAAUCUUCAGCAACAUGGUUUAUAACAACAGGUUCCUGCAGUACGGCGAGUAUAAAGGGAAUCAGUAUGGCACCAGCAUCAGUUCUGUGAAGGACGUUUUAAACAGCGGAAAGAUCUGCGUUGUUGACAUUGAGCCAAACGCCAUUCAGGCCGUGAGGACCCAUGAGUUGAAGGCCUACAUCAUCUAUGUGAAGCCUCCACCUCUGGCGCACCUUCUGGAGACCAGACAGGAUUCCUACAUCACCACCAACUACUAUGUCAACAGACCAUUCAAAAGUGAAGACUUCCAGGAGAUGGAAGAAGCAGCCCGCAAGAUGGAGUCCCAAUUCUGGCAGUUUUUUGACCAUGUGAUUGUCAACGACGAGCUGCAGGACUCCUGCGUCCAGCUGCUUUCUGCAGUGAAGAAGGCGCAGGAUGGGCCGCAGUGGGUCCCUGCCAGUUGGAUAAGACCCAGCACCACAGAGUCUUAAGAGAGGACAGAGAAGAAAACGGGAUUUGACCCCCCAGCCCUCCUUUGUAAUAUUAUGGCAGCAAAUGUUGGGAAAUAAAAUCACUAGUUCCUGUAAUCAGUUUGUUCUGAUUUAUAUACUGGACUCCUGUCACGUUUGUAUUUAUUUUUAUUUACUCGUAGCGAAACUAACUAUUGUAAGGUCCUAGGCCUACACACCUCCUCUGUUCUGACUCACCCCUUUCUGUUACCUAGUUGCUGCUCAUAACCCUUUCCUUCAGGUUCUAUAUUGCUGCACUUUCCUCUCAUGAGCACUGGGUUGUAACAUUAUUUUUAGACAGUUACUAUACUAUCAUUACAACAGGGACACUUUAUUUUCAGUCUUUAUGGAACUACACGAUGUUAAAAUUAUUAUUGAGUGUUUUCAUAAAAAAGAUAGCUAUCCUGUAUUGCAUUUUGUUUAAUUUGAAGAGCACUGGUCAACUGUUUUUUCAUAAAUCUGCAAAAAAUUAUUCUAACUUAUUUCCAAUGGAUGUUUACACACCAGAAAAGCAAUUUUGUUUUUCAUUCUUGUUGCAUGUUUCUUUGUUUGUUUGACAAAGCAAAGCAUUGGCAUUCUAAUAUCUGUACUUUGUGAGAUUAAUAAACGUUAUAAAUGUGUGUAUA